AUCUUUUCAGCCUGUUUGCCAGUGAUCUGGGAGGAUAUGCAGCCAGAGAAGACAUUGAAGCAGUUCUGCAGGUCCUGGAUGGGAAGGUCCCAGCCUCCCUAAAGAAGUGCUUCACUGAGAGUGACAAAGUGAACUAUGAGCGCUUCAGGAACUGGCUGCUGCAGAACAAGGAGGCCUUCACGUUGUCCCGAUGGCUCCUCUCUGCAGGAGUGUGUGUCACCCUGACAGACGACAGCGACACACCCACCUUCUACCAGACCCUGGCUGGUGUCACACACUUGGAGGAGUCUGAUAUCAUUGACUUGGAGAAGCGCUACUGGCUGCUGAAAGCUCAGUCCAGAACUGGCCGUUUUGACUUGGAAACCUUCGUCCCGCUGGUCUCCCCUCCCAUCCACGCCUCACUGAGUGAAGGCUUGUUUCACGCCUUCGAUGAAAAUCGGGACAAUCACAUCGACUUUAAAGAGAUCUCCUGUGGACUGUCUGCGUGCUGUAGGGGACCCAUCGCUGAGAGGCAGAAGUUUUGCUUCAAAGUGUUCGACGUGGACCGUGAUGGAGUCCUGUCUCGAGAUGAACUCCAUGAUAUGGUUGUGGCGCUGCUGGAGGUGUGGAAGGACAAUCGUACAGAUACAAUACCUGAGCUGCACUGUAGUGUGUCAAACAUAGUGGAGGAAAUCCUGAAGAUGCACGACACAACCAAGAUGGGUCACCUGACUCUUGAGGACUACCAGAUCUGGAGUGUGAAGAGUGCUUUGGCCAAUGAGUUCUUAAACCUGCUCUUCCAGGUUUGCCAUAUAGUCCUGGGGCUCAGGCCUGCUACUCCUGGAGAGGAGGGACAGAUUAUCAAGGGCUGGUUAGAGAGGGAGAGUCGACAUGGACUGCAGCAAGGCCAGAACUGGUUCCUCAUCUCCAUGCUGUGGUGGCAGCAGUGGAAGGACUACGUUAAAUAUGAGCAUAAAGGCAUCGUGGUGGAACAGCCGUCUAUCCUGAGCUCAUUCAGGACCCCAAUGGCCACGGCCACUGUGGAGCCCACCCCACCUGACAGGCUGGGAGGACUGGGAAGUUUUGGCUCCCUCAGUCCUUCAGAGGAGAAGUCCCCUGAUGCUGUGUCCACUGCCUCAGAAGCUACAGAAACUGCAGUCCUGAGUCCUCAGAUUACUCCCUCAGCUACAGAGAGCUGUUUUGCCCGUCAGCACACGGUUGUAUCAGACAACAACAAUCAGUGUUUUUCUGCAGCCAAUGGUCACCUGCCCUCCCAGCUGGCAGCACAAAGGCCCGGAGCCAUUGACAACCAGUCUUUGGUCACCACUGAUCCCAUAAAGGCCCCCACAUUAACCAUGGAGGGUGGUAGACUGAAGCGCUCCCUGCAGCUGGUGCCUGGCAGAGACUUUGAGACGGUGCCAGAACCCGUGUGGCGGGCCCUCUACCACUGGUACGGUGCCAACCUGAGUCUGCCGCGACCGGUAAUCCUGGACAGCAGGACCAACCGAGCUGAGCUGGAACUCUUCCCCCGCUACCUCCUGUUCCUCCGCCAACAACCGGCCACGCGCUCCCCUCAGUCCAACAUCUGGGUCAACAUGGGUAUGACCAGCCUGCGAAUGCUUCCACCAUAUUUACCCCCACCAAGAGGAAGUGUUCCGUCCCCGAAUGCUCCUCUGAAGAGGAUGCUGGCGUACACUGGCUGCUUCAGCCGCAUGGGCACCAUCAAAGACAUCCACCUCUAUCUGUCUCAGAGGCUCCGGAUCAAAGAGGAGGACAUGAGGCUGUGGCUCUACAACAGUGAGAACUACCUCACCCUGCUUGAUGAUGAAGAUCAUACGCUGGAGAGCCUGAAGAUCCAGGAUGAACAGCAGCUCGUUAUCGAAGUCAGAAACAAAGACAUGAGCUGGCCUGAGGAAAUGUCUUUCAUUGCCAACAGUAAUAAAAUGGACCGGCACAAAGGAUUUGGGUGUGUUCUGAGAGCUCCAGGACUAGGUUUUGUGUUGGUGUUGUGUGUGUCUCCUGUUGUGUUUACCUGUUUCUCGUCCCUGCAGGCGUGGGAGAACCACCUGCGCAGGAACCGCUCCAUCGUGGUGGACCUGUUCCACGGUCAGCUCAAGUCCCAGGUGAAGUGUAAGACUUGCGGUCACAUCAGCGCUCGUUUCGACCCUUUCAACUUCCUGUCUCUGCCCCUGCCCAUGGACAGCUCCAUGCAUCUGGAGAUCAUCGUGAUCAAACUGGACGGCUCCACACCGGUGCGCUACGGUCUGAGGCUGAACAUGGAUGAGAAGUACACAGGGCUGAAGAARCAACUGAGUGAACUGUGCAGCCUGAAGCCAGAACAGAUCCUCCUGGCUGAGGUCCAUGCUUCCAACAUCAAGAACUUCCCUCAGGAUAACCAGAAGGUCCGACUGUCUGUCAGUGGCUUCCUCUGUGCGUUUGAGGUUCCAGUACCAGGUUCACCAACAUCACUGAGUUCUCCCACCCUGACAGACAUCACCCCAACAGCUAACGGCUCUGCUGCUAACGGGCACCUGGGCAACAACCCCAUCCUCAUGUUCUGUGGUGGACCUGGCACCAUGGUGUCCUCCAGCUCAGAAACACACCUGGUGAACGGGGUUGCUAACGGACACAUCACCCCGGUGCAGGAGAGCCCCUUCACUGGUUACAUCAUCGCCAUGCACAGGAAGAUGAUGCGUAUGGAGCUCUACUUCCUGUCCUCUCAAAAGAACCGGCCCAGUCUGUUUGGAAUGCCUCUCAUUGUCCCCUGCACGGUCCACACCAGUAAGAGGGAUCUGUACGACGCAGUCUGGAUCCAGGUGUCCCGGCUGGCCAGCCCCCUGCCCCCKCAGGAGGCCAGCAACCACGCCCAGGACUGUGAUGACAGCAUGGGCUACCAGUACCCAUUCACCUUACGGGUCGUAGGGAAGGAUGGCAACUCCUGUGCCUGGUGUCCCUGGUACCGGUUCUGCAGAGGCUGCACCAUCGAAUGUAAUGAGGACCGUGCUUCUGUAGAAAAUGCUUAUAUAGCUGUGGACUGGGACCCCACCGCCCUGCACCUGCGCUACCAGACAUCUCAGGAGAAGAUCGUGGAGGAGCACCAGAGUGUGGAGCAGUCCCGUCGGGCCCAGGCAGAGCCCAUCAGUCUGGACAGCUGCCUGAAGGCCUUCACCAGCGAGGAGGAGCUGGGUGAGGACGAGCUCUACUACUGCUCCAAGUGCAAGACCCACCGGCUGGCCACCAAGAAGCUGGACCUGUGGAGGCUGCCCCCCAUCCUGAUUGUUCACCUGAAGCGGUUCCAGUUUGUCAACGGUCGCUGGAUCAAGUCCCAGAAGAUUGUCAAGUUCCCACGGGAGAACUUUGACCCCAGCGCCUUCCUGGCCCCCAGAGACUGGGAGCAGCACUCCCUGCACUCCCGGAGUGAGAGUGAAGACCUGCUGAGGGUCGGAGAGGACAACCUGUCCUCCAUCUCUGCUCCGGCUGGUUUCUGCAACCUGCCAAAAGCCUCGCCCGCCUCCAGCCGCAGAUCAGCUCCCUCUCUCAGCCGGAGCAGCAGCCCCUCCAGCAGCCCRAGGACGGGGGGCCGCAGGCCCGGACGCUUACGUCUGCCACAGCUCGGGAGCAAACACCGCCUGUCCAACAGCAAGGAGAGCCUGGAUGGAGCUGCUAAUCCUGAGUCCGAGUCCAGAGAAGGUGGACCACCUGCAGACGCAGAGGCGGGGGGCUCGUCCGGAGGUCUCUCCUGGUCGGAGCAGAUGGCGUCGGAGUCGUCGUGCGUCACCGAGGCGUCCAGCAGCCACUGUGACGUGGUCCUGAUGAACGGGGACAGCAACGGGACGAGCUCCGACUGCAGCAUGGAGAGCAGCGUGGACCUGGUCAGCUCUCUGCCUCAGCGCAGGGACAACAUGGCUCUGGAUGCCAUCUACAACCUCUAUGCAAUCUCU